GGUGGAAGCUCAGGUAAAAUAUUAUCUCCUGGGCGCCCAUUAAAAACACCACCCCCGGCGAAGACUGGCGCUCGAGCCUAGCUAUUUAGCACUGUAGUUGGAGGAAAUGCCAAUGCAGAACCCGUAGCUUCCGGGAAGGUAAGCCCAGCUCCCUGGGUUAGUGGGUUGGUGUCAGGCCCUGCGAGCCAGCCGUAAAAAAGACUAGCACCGGAAAAUCAACAAGAGAAGAAUGCGAACCGAUACCAAUGGCGACGACCACAGCGACGAAAAGGGACUUGCGAUUGGAAGCUCGGUACGUGGAACUGCAGAUCUCUCAACUUCAUCGGGAGCACCCGCAUACUCGCCGAUAUACUGAAGGACCGCGGGUUCGGAAUCGUAGCGCUGCAGGAGGUGUGUUGGACAGGAUCUAUGGUGCGAACGUUUAGAGGUAAUCAUACCAUCUACCAGAGUUGCGGCAACACACGUGAGCUGGGAACAGCUUUUAUAGUGAUGGGCGACAUGCAGAGGCGCGUGAUCGGUUGGUGGCCGAUCGAUGAAAGAAUGUGCAGGUUGAGAAUCAAGGGCCGAUUCUUCAACAUUAGCAUAAUAAACGUGCACAGCCCUCACUCCGGAAGCACUGAUGAUGACAAAGACGCAUUUUACGCGCAGCUCGAACGCGAGUACGACCGCUGCCCAAACCACGACGUCAAGAUCAUCAUAGGGGAUCUAAACGCUCAGGUAGGCCAGGAGGAGGAAUUCAGACCGACGAUUGGAAAGUUCAGCGCCCACCAGCUGACGAACGAAAAUGGCCUACGCCUCAUCGAUUUCGCCGCCUCCAAGAACAUGGCCAUUCGUAGCACCUUCUUCCAGCACAGCCUCCCUUAUCGUUACACCUGGAGAUCACCACAACAAACGGAAUCGCAAAUCGACCACGUUCUGAUUGAUGGACGGCACUUCUCCGACAUUAUCGACGUCAGGACCUAUCGUGGCGCUAAUAUCGACUCCGAUCACUACCUGGUGAUGGUUAAACUGCGCCCAAAACUCUCCGUUAUUAACAACGUACAUUACCGGCGGCCGCCCCGGUACGAUCUAGAGCGACUGAAGCAACCGAAUGUCGCCACCGCAUACGCGCAGAAUCUCGAGGCAGCGUUGCCGGACGAGGGUGUGCUCGAUGUGGCCCCUCUAGAGGACUGCUGGAGUACAAUCAAAGCAGCCAUCAACAACGCAGCUGAGAGCACUAUCGGGUACGUAGAACGGAGUCGACGAAACGAUUGGUUCGACGAGGAGUGCAGAGCGGUUCUGGAGGAGAAGGAUGCAGCGCGGGCGGUAAUGCUGCAGCAUGGAACCCGACAGAAUGUGGAGCGAUACAGACAGAAGCGGAAGCAGCAGACCCGUCUCUUCCGGGAGAAAAAGCGCCGCCUGGAAGAAGCGGAGUGCGAGGAAAUGGAACUGCUGUGCCGUUCGCAGGAAACGCGCAAGUUCUACCAGAAGCUCAACGCAUCCCGCAAAGGCUACGUGCCGCAAGCCGAAAUCUGCAGGGAUAAGGACGGGAGCCUCCUGACGGACAAACGUGAGGUGAUCGAAAGGUGGAAGCAGCACUUCGACGAGCACCUGAAUGGCGAAGAGAAUGUAGGCACGGAGGACCAAGGCAGCGGAGGAAAUGACUAUGUUGGUGCAGCAGAGGACGGGAACGAACCAACUCCCACGCUGAGGGAAGUUAAGGAUGCCAUCCACCAGCUCAAAAACAACAAAGCGGCUGGUAAGGACGUAUCGCAGCAGAACUCAUCAAGAUGGACCCGGAAAAGUUGGCCACCUGUCUGCACCAGUCGGUAGUCAACAUCUGGGAAACCGAACAGCUACCGAAGGAGUGGAAGGAAGGGAUAAUCUGUCCCAUCCACAAGAAAGGCGACAAGUUAAUGUGUGAGAACUUUCGAGCGAUCACCAUUUUGAAUGCCGCCUACAAAGUGCUAUCCCAGAUCAUCUUCCGUCGUCUUUCACCUAAAGUAAAUGAGUUCGUGGGAAGUCACCAAGCCGGUUUCAUCGACGGCCGGUCGACAACGGACCAGAUCUUCACCGUACGGCAAAUCCUCCAGAAAUGCCGUGAAUACCAGGUCCCAACGCACCACCUGUUCAUCGACUUCAAAGCGGCAUACGACAGUAUCGACCGCACAGAGAUAUGGAAAAUUAUGGACGAGAACAGCUUUUCCGGGAAGCUUACCAGACUUAUAAGAGCAACGAUGGACGGUGUGCAGAACAGCGUAAGGAUUUCGGGUGAACUAUCCAGUUCAUUCGAAUCUCGACGGGGACUACGACAAGGUGAUGGACUUUCCUGCCUACUAUUCAACAUCGCCCUGGAAGGUGUUAUGCGACGAGCCGGGCUCAACAGCCGGGGUACGAUCUUCACGAAAUCCGGCCAAUUUGUCUGUUUUGCGGAUGGCAUGGAUAUUAUUGCUAGAACAUUUGGAACGGUGGCAGAACUGUACACCCGCCUGAAACGCGAAGCAGCAAAGGUCGGACUGGUGGUGAAUGUGGCCAAGACAAAGUACAUGCUGGUAGGUGGGACUGAGCGAGACAGGACAAGCCUUGUCAGCAAUGUUACGAUAGACGGGGAUACUUUCGAGGUGGUAGAAGAAUUCGUCUACCUCGGUUCCUUGCUAACGGCUGACAAUAACGUGAGCCGUGAAAUACGAAGGCACAUCAUCAGUGGAAGUCGUGCCUACUAUGGGCUCCAGUUGAAACUGUGGUCAAAAAAGAUUCACCCCCGCCCUAAAUGUACCAUGUACAAGACGUUAAUAAGACCGGUGGUUCUCUACGGGCAAGAGACAUGGACGAUGCUCGAGGAGGACCUGCAAGAUCUCGGAGUUUUCAAGCGACGGGUGCUAAAGACGAUCUUUGGCGGCAUGCAGGAGAACGGUUUGUGGCGGAGAAGGAUGAACUACGAGCUCGCUGCACUUUACGGCGAACCCAGCAUCCAGAAGGUGGCCAAAGCCGGAAGGAUAUGGUGGGCAGGGCAUGUUGCAAGAAUGCCGGACAACAACCCUGCAAAGCUGGUGUUUGCAACUGAUCCGGUUGGCACAAGAAGGCGUGGAGCGCAGAGAGCACGAUGGGCGGACCAGGUGGAGCGUGAUCUGGCGAGUGUUGGGCGUGACCGACGUUGGAGAGCUGCAGCUGCAAAUCGAGUAUUAUGGCGGCAAAUUGUUGAUUCAGUAUUAUCAUGAAUUUGAUGUUAACUAAAUAAAUGGAAUGAACACAUUAGGAUAGUUUGAAAAACUACACACUUGACCACAAUUGACUUGAUCAACAUCCCAUUUAAGAUAACACAUAGGGUUUCGAACUACUUGGGCACCCGCACCAAUCCCCGGCACCCCACAGCAAAACAAAUCGAAAUAUCACUUGCCGUAUACCUAUUUUCCAAACGCACUUCCGUAAGUAGUCAUCUCUUGAGCUACACGUUCACUCUAAAGUUGCACAAGUGGUUAAAACAACUACUUCUCAUUUGAUUUCGCUGGAACUUCGGCACUGGUGCCGGGAACCGGCGCUGGAUUAGGUGCAGUAAAAUCGUUGAAAAUAAACUUUUCGGCAGAAAAUCUUCACAACAAUCACUGUUAACAACAAGUUCACGCAAUAAGAUAUCUGAUCAGAUGGAAGAAGUGGACGAAAACGGUCGUUCGUGGUGAAUUUAGGUUUUUGUUUACCCUUUGUGCCGAGAAUGGGGUAAAAAACCCAAAUCAACAAUAGUUCGCUGCAAUACUUGGUUCGGGGUUGUUCAAUGCUCGCCAGAUCACGCUCCACCUGCUCUCUGCGCUCCAUGCCUGUUUGUGCCUACCGGAUCAUUAGCGAACACUAACUUUGCAGGGUUGUUGUCCGGUGUUCUUGCAUCAAACCAAUUGAUCGGAUCUCGUGAAAAUCGUACUCCGGAUGUGUAUCCCGGCUCAUCGCAUUACAACUUCCAGUGCGAUGUAGAAGAGUAGGCAUGAGAGUUCGACACCUUGUCGCAGUCCCCGGCGAGAUUCGAAUGAACUGGAUAGUUCAUCCGAAACCUUAUGCAGUUUUGCACAUCGUCCGUCGUUGCAGUGCAACGCGUCGCUGUGAUCAAUUUGGUCAGCUUCCCAAGAAAUGCGAUUCCGUGAAGCGGAAAUGGUUAUUUAACAAGUGUACAUCUGAACUUCUGAAGUCAAUAGUAGUUAGGCUGAUCUAGAAUA